UUCUUAGCAAUUUCUUGUAUCUUCUUAGAAGAAUACAUAAAAGCCAUGUUGCUCAUGUCGGCAGGUUUAUCUACAUACAUAAAAAGUCAAAAGAACAUACGUUGGGGCUAUCUAUCUAUAUAUAUUAAGCCGUCUUCUCCGCCACAAGUGGCCGAAACGGGGAAGAAAGUUCCACCGUCGCCUCUUCCACCCAAAGGGGCCGAAAUGGCCAAGAGACAGCCGCCGCCAAAAUUUAAGGGUAUACCGGUUAAAGAUGGAGGAUAUGUUGUUUCAAAGUCGAAUAAGACCACCGCCAAGAGUACACGCCGUCGCUCACGCUAUGGAAAUGACGCCGGCGGUUUCGGAGGUUGCGGCGGUGGAUGUGGCGGCGGCGGCGGCUGUUGAUAUGAUUUAUUAUUUUCUUGUCUUGAUGAGCGUAGUAUAGUUUCUUUAUUUUAA